AUGGAAGGACUAGGCGCUAAUUGUAAUAAAUCGGCUUAUCCGAUCUGGAAACAAGAGUUGAAAAUCAAAAGGUUUCAUCGAUCAAUGCUGGUUUUGAACCCUGGAUCCCCGUCGAUAAUAGUGUUACACUUCAAUUGUGAAAAUGUACGACUAAAGCCAAUGAGAUCAACUGAUAGGAUGGUAACAGAUUAUUUUUACCUAGGCAGAGGAGAAGAACUGAGAGAAGAACUGAGAGAAGAACAGGAGAAGAACUGGAGAAGAACUGGAGAAGAACAGGAGAAGAACUGGAGAAGAACUGGAGAAGGAAUACAAAGAAAUCGGUAG